AUGCGGCUCCUCAAAGCAGAGACUUACCAGCUCUUUGAGGAGAAUGACAUCCCCAAUCCUUUUCCUCAGUACGCCAUUCUAUCCCACACGUGGAUAUCUCCAAAAGAUGAGAUCACCUAUCAGGAUUUCAAACAAAGAAAGGGCGAUAUAGAAAAUGGCAUCUUCAAGCAAAAUGGCUGGGCUAAGCUUCGAAGUUACUGUGAUCGAGCGACCCGGGAUGGCUGGGAGUGGGCUUGGAUGGACACCUGCUGUAUCGACAAAACCAACCCUGCAGAUACGCAAGAGGCCAUCAAUGCCAUGUUUCGUUGGUAUCAAAAUUCUGGUAUAUGCUACGCGCACCUCGGCGAUGUGGAUGUGAGCAAGGUUCUUGACAGCCAAGACUGUUUGGGAAGCGGUCAAGCAGAUCUUGACACAGUCGCGGGCAAAAACAACGUGGCUGAUCCUACCAGCUCUGCGCACAUGGCUCUCCAGACCUUUCUACUUGAGGCCAAGUGGUUUACCCGUGGCUGGACACUGCAAGAGCUUCUUGCACCACCUUACCUCGUAUUUGUGGACAAAAGAUGGCGUCGGCUCGGCACACGCGAGAGCUGGGCGGAGGAGAUCAAGAAAGUCAGCCGGAUAGAUCCACGGUACUUAUCGAGCUUCGAGCCAACAGACUUCACAUCGUGCUCUAUCGCCAUGAGAUUAUCUUGGGCUUCCCAUCGAGAAACCACAAUCGAAGAGGAUGAGACCUAUUCACUGCUUGGCCUUUUUGGAAUCAGCCUGCCCCUGAUCUAUGGCGAAGGAAGGUGGCGCGCUUUCAACAGACUCCAGCGUGAGUUGAUCAAGGUCUACAACGAUGACUCGAUUUUUGCUUGGAAGGUCGGGCAAGAAACAAACGUGCAGUUCUUGAACCUACAGCAGAAUGGUCGCGAUACAGGACGGGGUAUCCUGGCACCUUCAAUUCGAGAAUACUGGGACGCGUCAGAAAUCGAAGCCUUUGGUCUCUACGACAACAGUUUUUCGAUGACAAAUAGGGGGUUGGAAAUCAUUUCUAAGCGCUGGAGACACAGCGUUGAAUACGCCAGGUGCUUCAUUCGUCUGAGUUGCGGUUCUGGACCUUCCCGUCGGAUUUGCAUUCCUCUUGAACACGUGGACGAUUCUUAUAGACGAAUCCAUCUUGGUGAGACCUGGGACAUGGCAACGAUUGAUCUUGAAGCUUGGGUAGAAGAACCUGGGAGCCAACUCACUGUUGUCCGAGCCAGCAAUCAUACAAGCGUCUUGAUAUCGCCCUCAACUUUUGUAUUACAAUGGCCCGAGAAGAUACACAUAGGCAAGAAGUAUCUUGUGGACUUCAGGACGUCUAAUCACGGGGUAAAACUGAAGCCUCUGGAUGUCCCUGGCUUGAGAGAAUCCCAUUCGACAGAUGAAAUCAUCAUGGAGGCCAACCAGCUGGUUUUCAUCAACAUUGAACUCGAAAACGACGAGAUCAGAUACUUCUACGAUGUUGUCAUUAACACGACUGAAAGAAAUUUUCCUUCUAUUGGUGUGCUCGCAAGAAGCGAAGCGCCUUGGGAACGGUUGGGAGACCCUCUUGAGCAAGACACUUACGAACAUCUGGCGGAGUAUCUUCAUUUCAAAGUGUUGGACAAUCCGACAUAUCCUGUCGUUGCGGUGGAAAACAGAGGUGACAUUGUUCUUGGAGUUUGUCUAUUUCCAAAACCUCGGCAAGAGAGACCACACUACCGAACCCUUGGAAAAGCCAAAACGGCAACUGCCAGAGAAUACCUACUCAAAAUCACGGUCGAUCAGGGUAGCGAUCAUGAAGCAGAGAUUUUGGAACAUCACAGCAAGAGGAGAAGACAAGAUUAG